AUGAGCGGAACAUACAAGCCAACUGAGCACGGAGGUCUUAAGGAGGACGGUACCCCAGACAAGAGAGUUGGAACUGGCGAGUUUGCUCACGGCCAAGUCAACCCAGUUGAAGCUGGAGCCAAGGGUGGAUCUACCAGUGACGAAAGCACCGAGAGCCCCUCCACCACUGGCAGCAGUGGUAGUGGCAAAGGCGAAUUUGCACACGGAAAGGUUGAUCCAGUCGAGGCUGGCAAGAAGGGAGGACAAGCUUCUUAA